UCAAAGGGGCCGGAGCGCGAAGCGAAGCCGGACAGAGAACCGACGGAAACCCUCGUAAUACGGCAAUUCCCACCCACAGCGCCAGAAGAGUUGCAGGAAACCAAAAUCAGACGACGGAGGUUUGAGGUAGCAGAAGAAGAAGAAGUUUAUCCCUUCAUAGCGUGAGACGGUUCCUUUCUGGAGAUGGCUGAGAACAACGGGCGUGAUUUGAAUGCCAAGUGGGACGCUUGCCUUGAUUUGACGCUGCGUCGAUUCGUCUACUCUUCCUUGGCUGGUGCAUUUGGCGGCCUCCUUUUCUUCAGGAGUCCUGUGACUCGUUGGGCAUCUAUAGCUUUUGGUGCUGGAUUGGGUAUUGGAUCAGCAUACACAGAUUGUAAUUCUUUAUUUGAAGGUUCCACAGCAAAAUUAGCAUCUCCAAAACUCACAGAGUCUCACCCCUCACAGGAGGGUCAAGAUUAGGCACAAAUGGUGUGAGAAGCAAGCUGUCUUGAGGUUGAAUGGAUGUAAAACCGUAAUUUACUUGAGAUUGUUCAAGCUUCCGUUUCCCAUGUUUGGUUUCCCUUGUGUAAUACAAACAUUUUUCCUUAUAGACAUUAUAAUUCAUCUCCAUGCACACUGCAUAUUUUUGUGGGCAUCUGUAACCUUUUCCAGUCGCUAAUACCGAGUUUAGUUAGCAGAAGAGGAAAAAGAAAAUCAAUAAGUACUCUUCUUGCAAUCCUCA